AGAGACUGUGUGGUUUGAGUGUCUAUGGGCGGAUCGUGGCAGCUCUUUCUUCCGCACUAUCUGGUCAGUGGUCAUCAUCAUGAUCUCUAAUAAUAACUCGAGCAGUAGUAAUGUGGUCGCGGCGCAGAAAAUCGUCAAACAGCUCAGACUCGAGGCCAAAAUACGACGAAUUCACGUGUCUCAGGCUGCUACGGACCUGAAGAACUUCUGCCUGCAGAAUGCCCAUAAAGACCCACUGCUGAUGGGGGUCCCAUCCAGUGACAACCCCUUCAGACCCCCAACCUCCUGCAGUUUGCUUUAGGGUGAUGAAGAUGUUGCAGGUGAUGUAGCCGUCUCAUUCUCUAACUUCACACUACCCUGCUGAAACGUCCUGGAGCACUACAAAAAACAUUGCAAAAAUGCCUUGGUUAGCAUUAAAACACUGUGUUUGUAUUGUUUCUAAUAGGCUCACUCACCUAAAAACUUGUUUGUUUUACUCUUUAUUUUGUGUAAACUGUUACACGUGUGGGCUUGGCUCAAUAUUUACUGUGUGAUGCGGUCUGAUCCAUUUACGGUUUCAAAUUUCUGUAAACUUCAUAAGUUACAUGCCCUGAACGCAGAUUUUGAGCAUACAGUUUUCUGUUGUGCUGUUGUCCUGUAUUGUGCAAUGCACCGAACACAAAAACACUACAUGCAAUUUUCUGGAUGUCUGCAAUGGUAGAUCCAGUCACAAAAAGUAAGAAAAAAUCUUUUAAAAAUGUUAUAUCAAAAAUGUACUUGCAUGAAGAGAGGGAUUUUUUAUUUUAAACUAAUUUAUAGAUGUAUACACAGCAGAAUUUGGUUUUGUUUGUAUUCUCAAAAAAUGUUGUCCUGAGAUUCUAGAUAACUCAACUGAAUUAAUCUGUUACAUGUCAACUUUUUACUUCCUGUUCUCUUUUUGCUAAACUGACUUUUAAAAUAAAAACUUGUAUGACUGA